AUGUCGAAGGGGAUCGCAUUACAAUUUAGAAAUAAAUUUAACAACGUUCAAAAUUUAAUAGACCAAGAAAAAAAACCGACCGAAAUUGCUUAUUUGAAAAACGGAAGACAAUGGAUUCUAUACCUCAUAACAAAAAAUAAAUAUUACGACAAACCAGCAUACACUAACAUUUUUAGCACAUUAACUAAUACUAGGCAAUUUUGUAUAGCAAAUAAUAUUACUACCUUAGCACUACCCAAAAUUUGCACUGGACAAGACAAAAAGGAUUGGAACGUUAUUUCUACCAUGAUUAAGUUUAUUUUUCAAGACACGCAAAUAAAAAUUUUAAUAUGCCUACUGCCGAGCAACGACAAUGAAAAUAAAUAUUAUAAAAACAAUGAUUCCCAAACUACUAAUAUUACGAUAGGUAAAAAUUUUAAUAACACGAUCAGUGAUAGUUUAAAGAACGAAAUCGCACUAAUAGCUGGCUCAUUCAUAAAAACGAAAGACGUACCCGGAGACGGUGAUUGUGGUGCCCACGCACUACGAAUAUGCUUGAAACAACAUGGUAUAUAUAGAAAGACGGUAGAAUUAUUAAAUAUGCUCGGCAUUCCUAAUUGCAAAUCUGGCUACUAUUUUAAAAAUGACGAUCUAGCAUUUAUCUGUGACCAAUUUAAUUUAAAUUUAUAUUUAAUACACGAAGAUUCCGAACAUACAAAUGCCAUAAUAUACUGGAAAUCAAAUAGGAAAAGUAUAGGGAUAUUCGAAAAAGAUUAUAAUUGGACACCAGGAAUUAUCACAAAAAUAUAUAAACCACUUCAAUUCAAUAAAAUAAUAAUAAACACAGUUUUUCCCGACUUUAAUACUGUAGAAAAAAAUGUAGACCAUUUCUUAUACGAAUGUUUCGAUCGCUUAAAAUUAUCACAACAAAACACAAUAGAAAAAAAUAAAACCGGCAACAAUUUUAAAACUGACAAAUCAACAAUAUGGUACUCACAAUUUUGCCAAGACUGCGAAUAUUUGUCCACAACCAAGGAUGUACUAGACGACCACGAUGACAAAGAAGAGUAUUGGAGUGAGGGGGGAAACGUUAUGUUUUGUGAAAUAUGCGGAAACUACAUAAGAGAAUAUCGGAAUCGGCCCAUAAAAGAAGACGAGAAAGCCAUAGAAACCAAAAAUCAGCUAAUUCAACACAAAAACGAAAUUAAAAUCAAAAAUCAAAAUACAAGCGUAGAUUCAGACACAGACCGGAAACAAAGAGUGCUGUCCAUAAAAAUAAAACUAGACGGCAACGAACAAAAUGCAAUAAUAGACACAGGCUCAAAUCUAUCAUGUAUAGAUUAUUCCCUAGUUAAAAAUAAACAAGAAAUUAAACCCAAAGAACAAAUAAAAAUAACAGGCGCAGAUAAUAAUGAACUAAUACAAAAAGGAACAACAGAAGUAACAAUUACAAUCAAUACACUCAAAUAUAAAAUCAAAGUAUACGUCAUUGAAGGACUAAGUUGUAAACUACUAUUAGGAAACGAUUUUAAUAUCAAAUACAACAUAAUAAUCAAUUUUAAAAAUAAAAAUAUAAAAAUCGAAAACAAUUCUAUAAAUAUGGACGAAAUAUGGUACGAACACAAUAGAAGUCAUAACAUAAAUAUUUUUGCUACUGGAAGCAUUAUGUGUAAAAAUCAAAAUAAUGAAACUGAAAUAAAAGACGAUCAAGGCACAAUAAUAAACAUUUCCAAGGAGCUAAAUAUUGAUCAACGCGUAAAAGCAUGUAAAUUGAUAAAAAGGUUUAAACAUUUAUUUACAUCCGACCCAUUAAACAUAGGGUGUGCAAAUGUGGAGCCCUGCGAAAUAAACUUAAAAUCCGACAAACCCAUAUUCCAGCCACCAUACAGAACACCCCCAAUUCAAAGAGAAAAACUGAAGAAAUUAAUCAAUAAAAUGAUAAAAGCCGACAUUAUCGAACCAAGCCGAAGUAAUUACGCGGCACCAGUAUUUUUAAUUCCGAAAAAGGAAAAAGGCGAAUACAGAUUUCUAGUAGAUUAUAGGAAAUUAAACAAUGAAACAAUUAGUGACAAACACCCUAUACCUAGGUCACAAGACCUUUUUAGAAGCUUAAAGGGAGCAAAAUACUACAGUACCACACAUAUUAAUACUUAA